AUGCCGCUCCUCACAAAGAGGCUGCUACAGGCUGCCCUUCCAUCUAAACCGGCCAAAGGACUGACCCUAGACAGCCUAUUUCGCAUACCAAGGCGCCCACGUAAUGCCCCAGACUCCGCAAGGGAUGUCAUAAUGAGCUUCAAAUCCCGCUCAGACAAAGACGGAUUCCUCCGUGCUGUCAGGGGCCAGACCCCGUACGCUUUUGAGGACCUUACCUUAUACUUCUACCAAGACCUGAGCCGCAAGAUGCUGCAGUGGCAUGCAUCCCUGAAAGAAACCACAACACAAUUGAGGGCAGCGGACAUACAAUAUAAAUGGGGCUACCCCCGAAUGCUAAUUGCCACACAAGAAGGGCAAAGCCACCGACUGACAACACCGGCGGAAGCACCAAAAUUUUUACAAGCACUAGGCAUUCGCCCUGUGGCAGACGCCAAGACGAGCACGCCACACCGGUGGGAUGUCGCCAACAUAGCACCGUUCACCCCAUCGGGACAGGCAGCCCCAGCAGGAAGCAGCACUAUGCACCCACCCGGUUCUUAA